AUGGCAUCCCAACAUGCUGUAUUGAUCAUCUUCUUGUUCUUCUUAGUUUGUUCCUGCCAAUCCGUCGUUGAUCGCCUAGCCUCAGUAAGACCACUCUACCCCGGCGACAAGCUCAUCUCCGACGACGGUGGCAUGUUUUCCCUCGGCUUCUUCAACCUCACCACCAACUCAACCCCAAGCCUGUACCUCGGCAUAUGGUACAACAACAUCCCUGAGCGCACCUACGUCUGGGUCGCCAACCGCGACAGCCCAAUCACCAUGCCUUCAGCGAAGCUAGCUCUCACCAACACUUCCGAUUUCGUGCUGUCCGAUUCCGAAGGCCGCACAGUCUGGGCGACAGACAACAAUGUCGCCGUCGCCGGUAGCAUCAUCGGAGGCUCCGGAGUGCUCCGGAGCACGGGGAGCUUCGAGCUCGAGCUGCAGCUGCCCAAUGGCACAGGUGUAGUAGCAUGGAAGAGCCUCGACCACCCCACGGACACCAUCCUCCCGACCUUCAGGCUGUGGACCAACUACAAGGCUCACACCGCCUUGUGCGUCGUCGCCUGGAAGGGCCCUCGGGACCCUUCCGCCGGCGACUUCUCCCUCAGCGGCGACCCCACCGGCUGGGGCCUCCAGAUCAUCAUCUGGCGGGGUGAGAAUCGUCGUCGUUCAUGGCGCAGCGGCGUGUGGAACGGCGCGGGGGCCUCCGCCAUCACCAGGUUCAUAUACUCCCAGAUCGUCGACGACGGGGAGGUGAUCUACGCGGCGUACAACGCCGCCGGCGGCCCGACGACGCACUGGAAGCUGGACUACACGGGGAACGUGAGGCUCCGCGUCUGGAACGUCGAGUCGUCGUCGUGGACCGUCCUUUUCGAGGGCCCCGGCAAUGGCGGCUGCCUCCACUACGGCGCGUGCGGGCCGUUCGGCUACUGCGACGCCACGGGGCGCGAGGGCGGCGUGCAGGAGUUGUUAGUUUCAAUCCCGAGCACGAUCAUGAUCAUGAUGUAA